GCCGGAAGCCAUUGCGCGCUCACGUCACAGGUACGUGGCGCUACUUCCGGCUCCGGCCCGGGAGGCUGCGGACAUGGCCAGCUGGGCCAGGGGUCCAGGCCCAGGGGGCGGCGCUGCCGCGGUCGCGGACACGGACACGGACGCGCUCCUGGAUGGCGAGAACCGGCGCCUGGCGGACGGGCUGGCGGCCAAGGUCACGCGACUCAAGGCCCUGGCUUUGGACAUGGACCGGGAUGCGGAGGAGCAGAACCGCUACCUGGACGGCAUGGACUCGGACUUCUCCAGCGUGACCAGCCUGCUGACCGGGAGCGUGAAGCGCUUCUCCACCAUGACCCGCUCGGGCCGCGACAACAGGCGGCUGCUGCUCUGCGUGGCCCUGGGGCUCAUCGUCCUCUUCUUCUUCCUCUCCUACCUGGUGUCCAAAGCGAGGACUUGAGUGGGCGUGGCCGGCCUCGGGGGGGGGGGGGGGGUUCUGGCCCCGCCCCCUCCUCUGCUGUGGAGAAUAAAACCGGAAAAUGCCGCGAGAGCUCCGGAGCCAUUGCUGGGGGCCGCAGCGCCUCUGUGCCCCCCCCCCAGGGAGGCCAGUGGGGGGGAGGGGCGGAGGGGGGCUGCGGGUCUGUCAGCGCUGGUGAAGGAGGUUGGGGCGGGGCCUCCUCCUGGUAGGCAUUUUGUGGAGGAAACCUCGAACCCCAAGUAGGAGCCCACUCGGGUAGGCGCUGCGGCCGGUUCUCUCGGGCCCUGCUUUCUCUGCAGGGUUUGACGCUUUCUAGCACGAGACCUUUGGGGUUGGCUGGGCUCUCCGCUGCCCACAGUAGGCUUUUCCCAUGAUGCUCAGCAGCUCCUUUACCUUCUUAUCGGCAAUUCUGUGUGUUGGUUCCCAGGCAGAAAAAUAGUAAGGAAUAAGUCGCCCAAUCAGGAAGGGUCUAACCCUGGAUUUGAACCCAGAACCUCGCUCUCAUCUGCUGAGCCACCUCCUUGGCCCGCCAUGCUAGUUUCAUGCAGAUUGGCGGGAGGGCUGCUGCCAUGUGUCCCAGCUAGUCCUACCUGAAGAGGCUGCUCCGAGGCGGCGUCGGGUCUAGGGAGGGUUGGGGCGCCCGGCUGGCUGCCGCCGGUGGCUUGGGUCAGAGCAGCCAGCAGCCAGCAGCCGGCAGGGGUUCCUGGGAGGUGGCCCUGGAGGGGAGCCUUAUUGGGAAUACCCAGAAGGCUUCGAGCGUGUGCCCGCGGGGGAGGGGGAAGCCGGGAUUAUGGAGUGUGGAUUAUGCAGACCAACCCAGGUGAGGUCUGUUGGGCCAGAAAAGAAGCAGCACGCAGGGAGGGCACAAACCAUGCCAGGAGACUCAACAAGCAUUUAUUUCCUGCCUGCCGUCUGCCCUGCAUCGAAGAUCCGAAGCCAAAGUGGCACCUGCCCUUGGCGGGUUCCUGUUCUAGGGAGGGAGGGGAGGGGGCUGCGACGGCUUGGAGACCCAGAAUUGGGCCGGGCCCUGAUCAUCUUCACGGGCCGAGUGGGAGGCGCUUCACAUGGGCGCUAGCAGGGAUGAGGGGGGCGACGACCCCUUUCCUGGAGCUCUUUCUUAUCCUUUGAGAGGAGACCCGACUGUGAAAGUCUGAUCUGGGGUCUGACUCGGCCUGGAGGAAGAACUGGUGGCGGCUGGCAAGGGCGGAGGCUGCCCCUGCGGCACCAGUUAAACCUCAGCAGCAGCGUUAGCCACUAGUACUGGGUCAGUGAAGGGCUAGGCUGUCCCUCACCGCUUUUAGAACUGUAAGAUGAAUUCAUUACCUGGUCCGGCCCUCCAGUGAGCUGUGCCCCCCCCCCCCCAUGCUCCCACUCCAGUAGGGCAGCAAGAGCCCUCCCACAAUGACAGUGGGGCAACCUGGGACUGGCCAUGCCCAUUCCCCAGGGUUUUUUUUGGGGGGGGGAGAGGCUUCCCCAGACCUGGAAGCUGCUCCUCCAUCAGGCCAGGCCAGGCCACCAGCUCGAGGGCUUUUUCACCACCUUCGACCUCCUUCCAAUAAAAUUCUACUUCACCGA